GAAGAAGAAAAGUCCGGGUCACGUGACUGGGUCGAGCAUCUUUUUUUGGUCCAUCUUCGAUAAUAGUGAGAGAGAGUGCAACCCAAGAAAAUGACCAAACUGCAGUUUCUAAACGUCUUCCUGACUGAGCGCCUCAUGCUUGCUGCGCAGGAGAUUUACAAGUCUGUGGAAGACACGAUCCUGGAGUAUCAGGAGGAGAUCGCGAUCCGGGAGCGGGAGAACGACCAUCUGAGACGCAGGCUGCGAGACGCUGGGAUUGAAAUAUGGCCAGAUCGUCCAUCCAUGGCGCUGUUGGAGGAGGAGGAUGGUGAGCAUCCACGGCGUGAGUGGAGUCCCAGCAUGGGGCAUGAAGAGCGUAUUCCAAUCCAGAUUAAGGACAAAAGAGAUCUGCGAGCCAACCAAGGAGACGAUCAACUUCGGGGUCACGGCUCUUGCAGCACAUCUGAGAACAUGUUUACUACGCCACGUGUUGGAAAUGAGUAUCCCCAGGAUGGUCCUCACACGUCCAACCUCCCUCAGAGUCAGGGCGUUGAGAACCGAGAGAGGGAUCCCAACUCCAGAGGCUCAUCGAGGCAUGUAAAAGCAGAGAGCGGAAGUGGACACAGAGGCUCUACUUCUUCCAACAGUGGCGCUCAGCCUCUCGCGCCAGUCAACCCUAACUGUUCAAAUGAAAACAACAUUGACAUCAUUGGAGUGGAGAAUGGUGGACAGAUGGUUGGUGCUAAGGGAGCUGGAGCAAACAGAGCACAGCCUUCUCACAUGCGUAACCAGGGAGCUAACGCUGUAGAGUGUCCCCAUCAGAAAUCCCCCCUACAAGGACACAUGUCAUCUUUCUGCUGCAAGGUUUGUGGGGAAGCAUUUAGUCACAUUGGCCACUUGCACGUGCAUGUACAAGUGCACACGCGGGAAAAACCGUACCGCUGUGGCGUGUGUGGGAAGUGCUGCAGCUCCUCCGGCAGACUCCAGGAGCACCAGCGGAGCCACACAGGAGAAAAACCUUUCCGCUGCCAGAUUUGUGGAAAGGGCUUCACACAGAUGGCCCACCUGAAAGUUCACAUGAGGAUCCACACUGGGGAGAAGCCAUACAGUUGUCCUGUGUGUGGCAAGUGCUUCAGCCGCUCCGACAAAAUUAAAAGGCAUCUCCAGACCCAUAGCCGUGAGGGAACAUAUUUCUCAGGGCAAUGAUGAUGCAAGUGUGUUGUUAAACAACCAGUUUAUGAAUCAUAACAAUGUGGGCUGCCAUGAAGGCUUUUGUCUCUUCUCUGGAUCCCAUGAACGUGGGAUUCUGCAAUUCUUAGAGAAAUAUUUUUUUUGUAAUCUAUUCUAAUGCUUCUCCUCACAAUAGUUCCUCAUUAGAAUUUGUAUUAGCCAAUUUAGUAUGUGAUUUACUUAAUUUUGUACUUGUCACUUGAGUAUUACAUCUCCAAGACACAAUUUAAGUUAUUAGCUAGCCUUUCUGAAUAAUCUAGCCUUUUUUUUUUCCCUUAGUCGCAUAAUUAGCAUGAUGAAGUCUUCCACACAUGCCUUGAAACUGAGAUGUAAUAAGUAAUGCAACAAUGUCCAGCAUAGUCACCACUUACUAUCACUUCAAAUCUUUAAAUUCACACUUCUACACCACUUACACGUGUAUCGUUAACAUCAUUUUAGGACCUAAAAUUAAGAAUAGCUGUGUACGUGAAAUCGUCUGCUCGACAAGAAGAUUGGAAAGUAAAACCUGUGUGAGAUCUAGGUUUGUCUAACACUGCCGAUAGGUAUUUCUGUUUUUAUGUAGCAUUUUUAACAAACAAAUGGCAAGUGAAAUGUCCCUGUACACUACGGACUUGGCUGUUUUAUUGUUAUUAUUUUUUUAACAAAGAAGGUGACUGUUUUCGCACUUGUUCUAAGUUUUUAGAUCUCACAAUAGUUUGUUUUAUUCUCAGUGCUUUUUAUAUUGUUGCAGAGCUAAAUACUGCCAUCUGACAUUGCCCGCUCAUGUUGUCCUAUUGCGAGACUGCUCCACUUUUUUUGUGAAAUGGGACAUUUUGUAAAAAAAAAAAGAUACCACUACUCUCACCCUGUCAUAUAUUGAAGAAUAUUGUGGUGUAGGACUGUCACUUUUUCCUCAAAUUAAAUUCAAUUAUAUAUCACAUGACACCGUAAUCCUUGGGAGAUAUUCCGAUUUCUGUCGUUAAAAUGCCACAUUUCCACCAAGUGUUUCAGAGCACUUGAGGUCUUCCGCGGGGUUGUUUAGAGGUAAAACCUGAUCUCGCUGGCUUUCAUCGCAGUUUUUGUGAAUGUUGCGUUCCAUUUACAUCGGAACUCGGAAAUUAGAGCUGGCAGUGACCAGUCACCUCCGAGUUCACAACGUCCCCAGAGAAGUUGGAGAAAAAAACCCAUAGCCGUUGUUUGUAAUACCAGUCAAUAACAACCCCUACACACAGGUGGCUCCGUGUUUCCCAGCUGGAAAGCCGAGUUCUGACUACAAAUGUAACGCACCCCAAUAGCUGUGUCAGCUACGUAAUUAGCGUGACAUUGUUCCAUUGUGACACGCCUUUAAAUAAUUCCACAAAGAAGAGGAAGAAGACGACAUAGUGCAUAUUAGCCCCGCCCUUUAGGAGUCGGGCCACCUCACGAGAAGGGUGCUGAAAAGUGGGACACAGAACGCGACUGCCUAAUAUACCCGGGGUUAAAAGGCCAUCAGUGUCCUGAUGCUCUUCUCGGCUGUAUAUUUUGAACCUGUUGGGUUUUUCAAGGUUCGAAUUUGAUCUUUCCCCAUAAGUAUCGAACAUGUAUGUGAAUUUUUGUGACAGCCCUAUUGUUAUGUCCUUCUUUUUAAAUGACAAGCACUAUGGGCAUCAAUCAAAUAUGAGGCAGAAAUUCACUCUAUGGUAGGGCCAUACAGUAUUAGCUGAACAUAUCUGUGUUUUUUUCUUCCACAGGGGUCUGAAAAGAUUAAUGUUCACCUCCACAUUUACUCCAUAGAGGUCAUUCACAUGCAAGCUAUUUUUUUAUGUGGUUGAUUUAUCAUGGAAUCGGGAUCUUCCUCUGCCUGUCUUGGACUGACUGCACCCCAUUAAAACAGUGGAGCCUACAUUAAAACUUUCUCCUCUCAGGACUAAUGCUGCAUUCAUUACAUGGGGGCUGCCCACAUACUGUAUGGUAAAGUAACGUCUGAUUAAACACGUCCAUCACACCAGUCAGAAACUCAGGGUUUUCCACUCUGAAUUUGCCCCGUCUUGUCUUCAGAAGAAAGAAAAACAGGAUAAAAAUGAAACGUGAUUCCUCUUCAUGUGAUGAAUGCAGCAUGAGACAAUGCAGCAUGUCCACACACAGCUGACCAGCAGCCCUUCACGUCUUCUCUGGGACACCUUUACUUCCCCCGGCACACACUCUAAUGUACAGUGUUGUAUCAUUGCAUAUUAAAUGUUAUUUUUUAAUAAAGUAGACAUUGAGUA